AUGACUUCGCCAGGUGGCCUUAUCCAUGCUGCUAAAUGUGUGCAGAUACUGCCCAAAAGCACUCCCGUGAGCGCCGCGCCGCCGCCGCUGCCCAUCCCCGGCGACACGGACCUGCCCGCCGAGCUGGUGGCCGACGGCUGGCGGCGGCUCUGGUCGCGCCGCGAGAACCGCCACUACUUCUGGAACCACCGCACCAACGAGUCGCUCUGGGAGCUGCCCACGGCGCACGGCCGACAGCAGUUUGACCCUGUGUCGGACCCGCUCGGCAUCAUGGGUCAGCCGGGCCACUCGGGCCAGGGGCUGAAGAGGCGCGCCUCCGAGGAGUUCGGUGGACCGGCCAACAAACGGAUCCCCGUCGUCCACGGCCCCUGGGACCUGGAGGUGCCGACGAACGCGGUCAUCUUCGAGCGGCCGCCCAUCGCCACGCCCCACCCGCACCCCGACAUAGAGGUGAUGCGCGCCCAGCUCACCAACAAACUGCGCCAGUGCUACCAGGAGCUCUGCCACAGUCGCGAAGGCGUGGACGCGCCGGCCGGCUCGUUCAGCCGCUGGCUGAUGGAGCGCAAGGUGAUCGACACGGGCACGGACCGGCUGCUGCCCUCCCAGUGCUUCCCCGAGAUCUCCAUGUCCAUGUAUCGCGAGAUCAUGAACGACCUGCCGAUGAAGCUGGUCAAGCCCAAGUUCACCGGCGAGGCGCGCAAGCAGCUCUCCCGAUACUGCGAGGCCGCCAAGAAGAUGAUCGAGUCCCGUACGGCCAGUCCGGAGAGCCGCAAGAUCAUCAAGUGGAACGUGGAGGAGACGUUCACGUGGCUGCGGCGCACGGUGGGCGCCUCGUUCGACGACUUCCAGGAGCGGCUGACGCACCUGAAGCGCCAGUGCCAGCCGCACCUCACCGAGGCGGCCAAACAGUCGGUGGAGGCCAUCUGCCUCAAGAUCUACAACCUGUCGGCCGACUACGCCAAGAAGAUCCACGACCGGCACUGGGAGCUGCUCAAGGAGAACAACAUCACGCAGAUCAACGCGUCGCUGACGGUGGAGAACCCGCGCAAGGUCUGGUGUUUUCCGGUGCAGUACGCGCUGGCCUGUCCGCGGCUGCCCCAGGUCGAGUACCUGCACGACAAGGACACCAUGAUGCUGCGCUACAAGGGAGACGCCCUCAAAGUCAACACCGUCUACCUGCAGAAGCUGGACCAGCUGUACCGGUACAGCUGCGCCGAGGACCGCAAGCUCGACUCGUUCCUGCCGCGGGUGUGGUGUAUGCUGAAGCGGUACACCACGUUCUGGGCGGCGUCCGGCGGCGGCGAGUCGGCCGCCACCCAGGCCACGCAGGCGGCGCUGCCCCUGACCGUGCUGGAGUGCCUCCACAAACACUUCGGCGUGACGUUCGAGCUGUUCGCGUCGCCGCUCAACUGCUACUUCCGCCAGUACUGCUCGGCCUUCCCCGACACGGACGGCUACUUCGGCUCGCGCGGGAUGGUGCUGGACUUCAAGCCGACACACGGCUCGUUCGAGGCCAACCCGCCCUUCUGCGAGGAGCUGAUGGAGGCGAGCGUCAACCACUUCGAGCGGCUGCUGUCGCACACGCCCGAGCCGCUGUCGUUCGUCGUGUUCUUCCCGGAGUGGCGCGACCCGGCGCCGCAGGCGCUCAGCCGGCUGGAGUCCAGCCGCUGGAACCGGCGUCAGAUCACGCUGCCGCCGUUCGAGCACCACUACCGGCACGGCUUCCAGCACGUGCUCUGCAGGGCCGACUCGACCAUGCGCUCGGGCAACGGCACGGUGGUGGUGUGGCUGCAGAACGACGCCGGCCACGCGCGCUGGGGCCCUACCAAGGAGCGCGUCGAUGCCCUCCUGGAUGCGUUCCGGCCGAACCGCGAACGGCAGCGGGACCGACAGGACCUGCUGUCGCCGGGCCGGCGCGACAGCACGGGCCCGGCGGAC